AUAGCUCGACAAACUCGACCACGUGAUCUCGAGGAGUUCUUCAGUGCUGUGGGUAGUGUACGAGAUGUGCGAAUUAUCACUGAUUCACGAACAGGACGAUCAAAAGGAAUUGCCUACGUCGAAUUUUGGGAGGAGGAAAGUGUUCCCCUUGGAUUAGCGCUCAGUGGACAAAAACUCUUAGGUUAG